UCCAAGACUCCAACUACUCCGCCUCCCAAAAAUCGUCUCUCCCUCCUCAAAUCCCGCUCGUCAACCGCGUCGGCCUCUCCAGCCGCCGUCGCCGCCACCGCCACCGCCACCGCCAUCCGCAGCUAGGUGGUUGAUCCGGGCAGAGUAUCCUCCUCGGAGGGGGGCGGCGAGGUUCCGCCAUGGCGACGGCGGCGAAGGCGUUCUGGAACAGCCCCGUCGGCCCCAGGACCACCCACUUCUGGGGCCCCGUCGCUAACUGGGGCUUUGUCCUCGCGGGAUUAGUUGACAUGAACAAGCCUCCUGAAAUGAUUUCUGGCAAUAUGACAGCAGCCAUGUGUGUGUAUUCAGGACUCUUUAUGAGGUUUGCAUGGAUGGUACAACCCCGGAACUACUUGCUUUUGGCUUGCCACGCCUCCAACGAAAGUGUUCAGUUAUAUCAGUUAUCUCGCUGGGCCAGGGCCCAUGGGUACCUGGAGAAUAAAGGGCCAGAGGAGCAGUAGUAAAGAUGAAAUCACUUGCUCAAUAAGUAAUAGCUUCGCUACUGGAGUUCUGUUAUGCUUUAUUCUGUGCUGUGCCAUAUAGUGCCUGCAUCAUGCAAUGUAUGAAGAUCUGGAGAAUAAAGGGCCAGAGGAGCAGUAGUAAAGAUGAAAUCACUUGCUCAAUAAGUAAUAGCUUCGCUACUGGAGUUAUGUUAUGCUUUAUUUUGUGCUGUGCCAUAUAGUGCCUGCAUCAUGCAAUGUAUGAAGAUCCUUUGAUAUAUUUCUUUUUCUACGACUAGCUGAAUGGAUGUGCUUUGUAAAGGAUAAAAACAUAUUAUGUUAUUCCUAAAAUAAAUAGAAAAAUAUUUUUCAUGAAA